AGUGUGUGGUUCACCGUUCCGCGAUCAAGCCGCCCGCGGCACCCGCGCUCCCAUGGGACAAGGCAAACUUAUCUCGCACAAACUUAGAACAAUCACUCGCAACUUUCAAACAAAACUGUAGACAAACGGGUUAAUAAAACAAUAACAACCUACGGACGAUUUGCCGAGCUUUAGAUGACCACCGAACUAUAUUUCGAUAAACUGACACUGAAAAAGUCUCGAUAUCCUGGGCUUUGGGACUGAGUAAAGGAUCAGUGACUAAAAAUAUGCGGAAGCCUUGGUGGUCGUUAUAUCUGCUAGCUAUUUGUAUGCUGGGUCUAGAUUCAAAACUCGUAGGUGAGGCAUUUCAACCUGAAUUUGCGGAGCCCCUUACAAACUUGACAGUGCCAGUCGGAAGAGAUGCCACAUUUAGAUGUUUGGUGCAAAACCUUGGUGGUUAUAGGGUAGGAUGGGUAAAAGCAGAUACCAAAGCAAUACAAGCUAUACAUGUACAUGUGAUAACAAACAAUCAUAGAGUAUCAGUUUCACAUAACGGUCAAACUGUCUGGAAUUUGCAUAUUCGAAACGUCCAAGAGGAGGACCGGGGACAAUAUAUGUGUCAAAUCAAUACAGAUCCUAUGAAGAGUCAGAUGGGAUUUUUAGAAGUGGUUAUUCCACCUGACUUCAUAGCUGAAGAAACAUCAGGAGAUGUUAUGGUGCCUGAGGGCGGAACAGUAAAAGUAUCCUGUCAUGCUAGGGGAAUGCCUGCACCAAGGAUCUUAUGGAGAAGGGAAGACGGCACUGAUAUAGUCAUAAGAGAUAGCCACGGAAGUAAGAAAAAAGUUCAGAUGUACGAAGAAGAGACAUUGACUAUGACUAAGAUAUCUCGUUCUGACAUGGGAGCUUACCUAUGCAUCGCAAGCAACGGAGUACCCCCCUCAGUCAGUAUGAGGAUACAGAUUAAAGUUCACUUUCAUCCAGUCAUACAAGUGCCGAACCAGCUUGUGGGAGCUCCUCUGGGCACCGACGUCACACUCGAGUGCUACGUCGAGUCAUCGCCAAAGUCCAUCAACUAUUGGGUCAGAGAUUCAAAUGAGAUGCUAAUAUCCUCGUCGAAGUACGAGGUGCUUAACACGGUGAUCAGCUCCUUUGAGAGCCGCAUGGCAGUCACCAUAAGGAAGUUGACUGCGGAAGACGCCGGUGGCUACCGGUGUGUCGCUAAGAACUCGCUCGGCGAGGUAGACAGCGUUAUCAGGCUUUACGAAAUUCCCGGAUCGACCGUGAAGAACACGACACCUGCAGUCAGAAAUGAAGAUUACAAGUAUUCGACACCUAUGGAAGGACCUGAUAAUCAGUUUGGUUCUGCUGACCGAUCUGAUGAUGAAGAUGAAAGGGAACUAGACGAAGUGUCUUCUAAGCCGACGAACGAACACAGUGUACACAAUUCAACAAAGAAUAGAACGCACAACGGCGAUGCCGUCAAAAGAUUAAUAAAUAUGAUAGAAAAAGAAAAAAGAAACUUCGCAAUAAGUAGUGCUGGGGAAUUAAGCUUUAAAGUUGUAGAUACUCGUAUUUUUAUAAUAGCGUUUAUUUCAUUAUAUGUUGUUACUUAACUAGUAAUAUUUAAGUUCAUUAAUAUUACCUCCAUAUGCUCGUUUAUAAGUAGAAUUUCAAUGGGAAUGUCGUCUCAUUAAAGAUACCGCGAAAAGUUAUGAAACAUUACAACUUUUUUUUUCUGCAGUUGUUCUUUUAUAAUUAUUCUUAUUGCGAUAUUUAUACAUUGCUAUAAAAACAAUACUUAGACACGGUUAUCGUAUUCAACUAAGAAAUUUAAAUUUGCAAUCCUACUACUAUUAUACAUGUUAUAGUUUGUAUGUUUCUUACUCAAUCUUAAAAACACCUAACGGGUUUGGAUGUUUGUUACGCUUACAGUUGAUGACCUGGAUUGAGACAUCGGAUACUUAUAUCUCGAAAAAAUGUAAGAGGACUGUGGAAACCUCAAAAAACAAAACAACGGACGAAGCCGCAGGCGGCUGCUGGUUUUAACUAAUAUCAUAAAUACGUAAAAUUUGAAAGAAUGAUCUCUCGAACUGCUCAACUGAUUUUGAAAAUUAAUUCAUCAGUAGAAAUCUAAAUUAUUCCUGAGUGAUAUUGGUUUUAUUUUGUCGCGUUAUUAAAAUCUUCAUCCGUGUAAAUGUCGCAAAGGUCACUGCUAUUAUAUUAUGUAUAUGAAAAUUAUAUCCAUUCGUGAACUCAUUAUAUUAAAUAUCGCGAAAGUAUCUUUAAAUUGAUAUUGAUGAACGAGUUCCGUGGCACAAAAUUAAUAUAAAGUAUGAUCAGUAUCACGGCCAUUAUCCAUAUUACUUGCAAUAUUAGACAGUUCAAACUGUUAUAGGUGCUAUGUAGUAAUCUGUGGCGCAUUAUAAACUUGUUGCAUCAGAGCAUUUUAUGAAUAUUCAUUAUUUUUACAUAUUAAUGUAGCUAUUUUGUACAAAUAAAGUGAUUUUAACGUAAUUUAUAAACCAAUAUUAAUAAUUUACAUUGUAAUAUGAUUAUUAACUGUAUAUUUUGUAGUUUUAUGUAAGUGUAAGUGAUGUAUAUAUGAAAUAUUAUAUCAAGUUAAAUGUGAUAUAGACAUUAUUAUAAUAAAUUAUACAAUAUUCGUCGACUGAAUAGAGGCAAUAAAUAUUCUCUAUUUGCGUGUUAUUAAUAUUCAUAAUUAUAUUGAAAUGGUUUUAUAUACUUAAACUAAAUUUUCUUUUCCUUACUUCUUGACUAGAAAAAACUGAUAUAAAUGAUUUCAAACCCUUUUAAGGAAUAUUAUCGUGAAAUUUAAAAGAAUGAUGACGGGGUAAUGUAAAUUCUAUUUAGUUCGUUAGUUAGGUCAUCAAAAAAUUAUGGUUUUAUGUCAAUCCACCAAAAAAUUGCAUUGAUAAAGCGCAUCAAGGUUUGGGAGUCAGUUCUAAGUAACAAUAAAAUUGUACUAAGACAUGAUGCUAUGCGACAUUUCAAAUCAAUAUAGGUAUCUCUGUAAUGUUUUGAUUAUGUGAAUAAAGAGAAAAUACGUGUCCAAUACUUUUUGAUAAUCUAACUGAUAGACGAAGACAAAAAGCUAGAUUUAUAAAUCGAAAGCGGAAUAACUUAUCCUGUCUAAUGCCUGGUACAAUGAAUUAAUAAAUAAAUAAAUAUUUCCAACUCUCACACCAAUAAGCCUAGCCUCAAAGGAUAAUAUGGUAACGGAUAGAAUACAUAAUACUGUACAUAUAUAAUUAUAUUUAUAUAGAAGUACAUAUUAAAUAUCCAUGACUGGCGUACAAAUGCUCGUAUUCAUCACUCAAACAUCUGCCCCCACCGGGAUUCAAACCCGGGACCUCUCGAGUCGGCGACACCAUGAAACCCGGCGUACAAACCACUCGGCCACGGAGGUGGUCAAUGGGAUUUUCUCUUGUUAUUUUUUUUAAAUUUUAAUAAUAAAUAAACCAAAAUGCUAUAUCUUCUCUCAAAUGUAGAAUAGUUGUUCGUUUUGACAAAAAUAUGCUAGAAGAAAUUGUACACUUUCAUAAAGAUCUCGUUAGAGUAAAUGGUUACGUCCACCCGGAUAGCGGCAGGUGCAGAUUCAAAUCGUGUCUGAAAGCUGAAACAAGUGAAAAUGUUUGUAAUGUUUUUUUUUACGAUAAUAAGUGAUAUAGGCAAUCGGAUUACUUUUUACAAUACACAUAUUAAAACAUUUUUGUUUCUUGUUACCUAUUAAUAUAAAGUAAAUAUUGUAAUAAAUUCAACGUAUACUGUAAAUUUGCAAUAGGCAGGUAAAUGCACAUCUAUUGAACAAAAAACAUUUUGUUAUAAAUAACUAUAUUACUUAUAUUGAAUUGAUUGCAAAAUAAAACGCUAAUUUAUGUAGUUGGAAAACUAUUGUAUUUUUUAUAAAAAACGGUAACUAGUAAGUAUAUCUAUGCUCCUUCCCAAAUUCUUCUCAAUUCAUUUAUUAACGGAUAAUAUAUCUUAACAUAUUGUUGAAAUAUUAUAUAUUAUCAAAUAUAUGUAUACCAUUCUACCUAAUAAAUAUUAAACAUUGUAAAUCAGG